UUUGGGCAAAAAUUUACAGGCGGUCACACUGGUGAGCGCCACACUUUGCGUUUUUUUGCGAAAUAAAUUUUAAAGAAGCCUGCCUGAGAUACAAAGCGAAAUGGGUGAUAAACUGCUGGACACUUCACAAAUCAUCAAUGGAAUGGCUGUGAUGAUAUCAUUUUUCGUGGGCUACCGCUACGCCAUCAAGCGCGGCGAGUCCAAGGAGACGGACGAAGGAGCAGCGGCUGCGACCGGUAGCACGAGCACACAGGAGGCUGCUGCCGUAUCCGACAGGAACUAUGGUGGCAUCAACGAGAACUUCAAAAUGGUUCUGGUCGUGCGGAACGACCUGAAGAUGGGCAAGGGCAAGAUUGCCGCUCAAUGUGGCCAUGGGGCGGUGGGCGCCUACCAAAACGCGGUGACGCGGAUACCGCGUCUGUUGCGCGCCUGGGAGAACUGCGGCUGUGCCAAAAUAGCCGUGCGCGUGGAGAGCGAGGCAGAGCUGAUGGCCAUCAAGAAGGCUGCUGAACGGCAGCAGCUGAACACGUGCCUUAUACGCGACGCCGGUCGCACCCAGAUCGAGCCCAACUCCAAGACCGUGCUGGCCGUGGGCCCAGCUGCGGCAGCCGAUAUCGAUCGUGUCACCGGGCACCUGAAGCUCUUGUAAAGAGUCUGCACCACCGCAUUGGAAUACUCGCAGGGCCAUAGCGAACACACAACACACCACACCACACACUUAUGUGCGCGCACCUCAAACGAAACAAAAAAAAAAAACACAAAAAGCAAUAUGGGUCAGGGCGUGUGGGGUGGUGGAAUGGCGACAAUGGGUGGUAUGGUACGCCUCGCCUCGCCUCCUCCAUUACGACGAUACGAUACGAUGACGCUGACGACUGUGAAAUGCAAGUUAAUCUAAGAAUAAAAUUAAAAAUUUACUUAUUAAAUGAUCUGUAACGCGGCUUCCGUUUGCAAUGCUCCGA